AUGGCCAGUUCAGCCCAUAUAUCGCGGGUCCGGUCGCUCUAUAAGAGAAUUCUGAUGCUGCAUCGCUUUAUGCCCAUUGACCUGAGAGCCCUUGGUGAUCAGUACGUGAAGGAUGAGUUUCGCAGGCACAAAUCUGCGUCCCCAGAAGAGGUCAAGCUCUUCAUGAAGGAAUGGGAGGACUACAAGGACACUCUCCAGGCUCAGAUGCUGGAGGCAGCAGGAAAUAAGAAGCUUUUGUUUGGAUCUGACCUGUCCGAACAGAAGCUCCAAGACUUUCAGGAUGACCAGAUCGGGCAGCUGUACGAGUUGAUGCUGGAGUCUACCAAACCCAGCCGGCAGUUCCACCUCCAGGAAGACCACCCGCCAAAAUGAGACACUGCUACCCUGAAAAAAAUGCGCAGAGGCAGGAAAGCAGGAGGAAAGGAGUGCAGAGACUGGGCUUCGUGUCUUUAAGUGAAGUUGGCCCACUGGGACACAUCGGGACUUGAAUCCUGUGCUCUUCCCUACACCAGCUGCUGUUAAGGAGGUGUAGUUAUAUUAGUGUUCUGACAUGCGCUGAGGUCAAGUUCAAGCCUCUGUGGAUUUUCUUGUCUUUUUUCCUGCUGAUCAGUUGCUGUCCUUGUUUUGUUUCGUUUGUGUCCUUAACGAUCAUGUCUGAGUUAUUGAAAGUGCCAUAAAAUGAAUGAUUAUUACUAUUAUCACUGAUAUUAUCGAUUAUCAAUAGAUGUUCUUUAUUGAUCCCCCAGGAGAAAUCUUGAAUGCAACAGCAGCUGAACAAGACCAGGAAAGCUUAACUUUGCUGGACCGCUGUCGGCUGCGUGGCAUUUGACCUGCGAGUGUCUGGUACAGAAUAUUAAACCAAAAAAUUGCAAUAUUCUUAGGCUGCACUUGCCUGCAAAAGAAGUAUAAAAUUUAAGAAUUUUAACUAAUUUAAAUUUAAAAAUUGUAAGUAAACAGUAAACUAUAAACUAUAAGGCCUGAAAGUAGUGAUGCAUGAAUCCACUGUAACCGAGGCAACGCCAGAGUCAACGACAAAGGGCUACAGCGGAGAUCAAACCAACCUAAACCUAGUUUACCAAAUUCCCUGAGAAGGUGUUUAAGAGCUGUGAGAAGGUUAUGUCUGAGGUCAUAAUUCUAGAAGUCAUUAUUAAACAGUUAACAUGA